AUGCCUCCACCUCCGUCGCCACAGUCGUGGAAGACGAGGACAUCGACUCUCUUUUCCGAUAACAGCUCCGAGCAGUCGGAGAUCAGCUACAAGCGCGGCCACAACAAGGGCUCGAGCGGCGCCUCCACCAUCUCAUCGGGCGUAAGGUUGGAAAACGUGAGCAAGAGCUACAAGGGCGUCACCGUGCUGAAGAACAUCAAUUGGGAAGUUAAGAAACGCGAGAAGGUCGGUUUGGUGGGCGUUAACGGCGCAGGGAAGACGACUCAGUUGAGGAUUAUAUCGGGCUUGGAAGAACCAGAUUCUGGAAAAGUGAUUAAGGCGAAGAGCAGCAUGAAAAUUUCGUUCCUGAGCCAGGAAUUCGAGGUGGUGUCCACGAGGACGGUGGGGGAGGAGUUCUUGAGCGCGUUCAAGGAGGAAAUGGAAAUUGCGGCUAGGCUCGAGAAGGUGCAGAAAGCGAUCGAGAAGUCUGUGGAUGAUUUGGAGCUCAUGGGAAGGCUCUUGGAUGAGUUUGAUCUGCUGCAAAGGAGGGCGCAAGCUGUGGAUUUAGAUGAGGAUGGAGAUAGGCUUGUUGCAUCCUUUAGUGGAGGGUGGCAGAUGAGGAUGUCACUUGGGAAGAUCUUGCUGCAGGAUCCAGAUUUGUUGCUUUUAGAUGAGCUGACAUAUCACCUCGACCUCGACACAAUUGAGUGGCUCGAGGGUUCUUUGAAUAUGCAAGAUGUGCCGAUGGUCAUCAUAUCACACGACAGGGCUUUCUUGAAUCAGUUGUGUACGAAAAUUGUAGAAACAGAUUUGGGUGUUUCUAGAACAUAUGAAGAAAAUUACUCAGAAUACGUCAUUGCUAAAGCAGCAUGGGUUGAAGCCCAGUUUGCAGCAUGGGAGAAACAACAAAAGGAGAUAGAACAGACUAGAGGUCUUAUAAGCCGGUUAGGUGCUGGAGCAAAUUCUGGCCGUGCUUCUACUGCUGAGAAGAAGCUGGAGAAACUUCAGGAUGAGGAGCAAGUUGAGAAACCCUUCAUUCAUAAGCAAAUGAAGAUUAGAUUUCCAGAACGCAGUAGAAGUGGGCGAACUGUGGUGUCUGUGAAAAAUCUAGAUUUUGGUUAUGAGGAUAAGGUUCUGUUCAAGAAUGCAAAUUUGACGAUUGAAAGGGGAGAAAAAAUUGCCAUUCUUGGUCCAAAUGGAUGUGGUAAAAGUACAUUUCUUAAACUGAUUAUGGGCAUGGAAACUCCAGACAGUGGUGAGAUUCUGCUUGGAGAGCACAAUGUACUGCCAAACUACUUUGAGCAGAAUCAGGCAGAAGCACUUGAUUUGGAUAAAACUGUGCUUGAAACUGUUGCUGAAGUUGCCGAGGAUUGGAGACUUGACGACAUAAAGGGUCUUUUGGGCCGUUGCAACUUUAAGGUUAAUUUGCUCGACAGGAAGGCUCGGCUUGCCUUUUGCAAGUUUAUGGUUAAACCAUUGACUCUUCUUGUUCUUGACGAGCCAAUCAAUCAUUUAGACAUACCCACGAAAGAAAUGCUUGAGGAGGCGCUAAAUGAGUACCAAGGGACUGUCAUCACAGUUUCUCAUGACAGAUACUUCAUAAAGCAAAUUGUUAAUCGGGUUUUGGAAGUGAGAGAUGGGUUUCUUCAAGACUAUUCAGGAGACUACGAUUAUUAUUUAGAGAAAAAUAUUGAAGCAAGAGAAGGGGAGCUCGAACGGGAGGCAGAGCUUGAAGACAAAUCUCCGAAAGCCAAAGCUAAAUCCAAGAUGUCCAAGGCCGAAAGGGAAGUUAGGAAGAAACAGAAAAUGCAGGCAUUUCAAGCUGCAAAACAGAAAUCAAAAGGAUUGAAGAACGCCAAAAGAUGGAAGUAAAUAUUAUACGCGAUCUCAUUUUUUAUGGAUAUUUUACUAAUUAAGCUUUGUAUAGAGAAAAGAAGAAGGUUGGUGUGUUAUCAUUCUGUAUAUAACAAGAUAUAGAAUAGGUACCCAAUGAACAUACCAGCUGAGUUGUGCAAACAUUAUUGUCAUAUAUGUUUGGCCACAAUUCAGAUGUAUUUUCUCACAAAUUCCAUGUAUAUUAAUGUAUGGAAUUAAUUUAGCCUUUUCAAUUAAACCUGGAGGUGAUGAACUUUUUAUUUGAUUUUUGUAAAU